UGUUUCAUCGAUUAUUUCAAAGCAUGGUUCAACGUACUGCGAACUUGAAAACUGUGUAGCUUCAAGAGCUAGAGAAUAAGCGGUGCUUCGAUUUUAGAUUCUGUCGUUCAUAACGCGGAUCGAGCAACAGAGGUAUAGCAAAGCAGCAGCGAUCGCUCAAGAGGUGUUCUCGUCCAUUCGAACCGUGUACGCGUUCAAUGGUCAGAAGAAGGAAGUGAUCAGGUAUCAGGCAGCAUUGGAAGAAUGUCGAGCAAUGGGCUACAAACGAAACCUGGUCAUCGGCUGCAUGUUUGGCGCUGUGCAUGUUUCGCUGUUUGCAAUGUAUGGUUCCAAGCUGAUCAACGCAGAUCCGCUUUUUGACAGAGGUACCAUAUUUACUGUAUUUUUCGCAGUGAUGACCGGCUCCAUGUCGUUGGGCAGUGCUCUGCCACAAUAUUCGUGCAUCGCAGUGGCUCUGGGAACGGCCAAAUCGAUUUUCGAUAUUAUAGACACUAAGUCGCUGAUCGAUUCUACAGAUUGUAAGGGUUUGACACCAUCAAAGAUCUGCGGAAAACUUGAGUUCCAUGACGUAUGCUUUUCCUACCCGUCGAGGAAAACAAUCAAAGUUCUGAAGUGUUUAAACUUCUCGGUUUUGCCCGGCCAGACGGUGGCUCUGGUUGGACCCAUACCGAUCCGACUACGAUCGAACGUUGAGAUUAUCAUCGAUGGCUUUGACCUGCGGUCGUUGCAAGUUCGCUCGCUCCGCACUCUGAUCGGAAUAGUCAGUCAGGAGCCGGUGCUAUUCGACGGCAGUAUCGAGGAGAACAUUCGUCUCGGCAAUCAGGAUGCUACGACCGACGAAAUCAUCGAGGCUUCGAAAGUGGCCAACGUAUACGCGUUCAUCAACAAUCUGCCACAGGUAAGGGGCCUGCAUUUUGUGGUCCGUCAUCUAGGUGUGCUUAGUCGUCAAUCUGCGAUUUUCAAGCAAUUCGCCACCAGAGUCGGUCAGCAAGGGGUCCAGCUUUCCGGUGGACAAAAGCAGCGAAUAGCCAUAGCCCGGGCUCUGGUGCGCAAUCCGAAAAUACUGCUUCUGGACGAAGCGACAUCGGCGUUGGAUACGCAAAGCGAGGAGAUCGUUCAGGACGCUUUGAACAGGGCCCAGCAAGGCCGAACGACGAUCAUCGUCGCCCACCGUCUGUCGACCAUCAAGGAC